AUGGCGCCCAAGAAGGGUUCGGCCUCGAGUAAGGGCAACGCGUCCAAAAACUCAUCUCUUGGCGUUCCAGACAGUGAUCACAUAGUAUUCACGAACAGGAAGAGUGACAAAAAGAAACCGGAGCAAAAGGAGCCCGAAGGUGUACCACGUCCCGAUGUGAAAAAGAUCAUUGGAGGAGCGUCUUGGACGGGGAAGCUGCCCGUUAAUCUGCUGUCGGAGCACUGUCAACGUCAAAAAUGGAACAAGCCCGACUAUCAAAUGCGCCAGAUGCCAUCGCCAAAUGGUGGCGAAAAGGUCCACCGGGCGUGUGUUGUGCUAUCCAAAGCAGACCCGAAGUCCGGUGAAAUCACAAAGCUUCCCCCAUUUCAGCUCCCACCCACAGAUAUACAUCUCGCAGACCAGUCAUCAGCCCUGGAGGCCCGUCAUUUUGCCGCGGCUUUUACCCUCUACCGGUUACAAAGCAUGAAGAAUCUUUCUAUGGCACUACCUCCGACCUACCGAGACCUGUGGAAGGGCGAUUUCCAGCGCCUCAAAGACGAAGAUGUCAAGGAAGGCAGAGCUUGGAAGUAUGACGCCGAUCCAUUCGCUGCUGAAUCCAAGCGCCAGGAAAUCAAGGCUGCCAUGGAGAAGAGGAAGGAGGAGCAAGCACGGAAGCCUCUCAAACCAGAGACAGUGAGCCUUGUGGGUGUCGGUUCCAGCAGUGUCGGUGCCAAGGGCUGGGAACGAGCACCUCGCAUUGAGCUGGGACAAGAUGCUCGUACCAGGAUAGAAUCGUUGAUUAGAACACACAGCGUCUGGAACCGGAGCGCAUUAACAAUGUCAGGAACAGACAAAUCUUCACUCGAAGCCGACCUGGCAAAGUCGGGCUUUCAACACAGCCAUAUUCAGGAGGCUUUUGGCUGUUGUGGGACCCGGGAAGAGGUCUUGGAGUGGCUUCUCAUUCAUGUUCCCGAGGACUGCCUGCCAGCCUGGAGUUUCCCUCCCGGAUACAGUGCAGGAGUAACACUAGUCACGAGUGAUCUUGCGACCGAUGCCAAGGUGAAGAGGCUGACCUUGGGUGGAUACGCAACUCAGCUCUGUCUGCAGGCGUUGCGAGACAAUGAUGGCAAUGAGGCGCUAGCAGCAGAGGCUCUGCAGUCCAAGCUCGUGCCCCCCAAGGAAGCUACUGGCUCGGGUUUCGCAUUUGAUUCACAGGUCUGGGACGAGGAGAUGAAUGCACUAGAAUCUAUUCUCGACAACAGAUUCAAAGCAUCAGCGCCCGAUCAAUGCUCCAUCCGCUCAGACUCAACUUCAGAAAUCCCUGCGACCUACCAUUUUCGGCGUCCUGUUUCUGGAUAUCCAGAUGUACCACCUAUCGUCACCGUUGAAGCCCCAAAUCUACCCAGCUAUAUACGCCUGAGUGCAGUCAAGAAAGCAAUUACAUAUGCGCAGGACAGUCUACUCGGCGACUCCAUGGUAUUCAAUAUACUAGAGUGGCUGGAGAGUUCAAUGCCUGACAUUAUCCGGAAUCCUGGCAAAUUAAGCGACUUGGAGAUAGCAUCCGAGUCAAUGCGCAAGGAUGUUGUUCGGCCAGAGGAAGAUGUGCACAUGCUCCCUUCGCGUUCGAGAACAGCUGAGAGAGUCGAUCUCAAGGAUAGCAGAUCGAGCCAAGUCAUGCUUGAUACCUGGAAGACUCGGCAGUCAUCAGACACGCAGCGGAAGAUGAAUGCCGCGAGACAAAGAUUGCCUGCAUGGUCCAAACAAGACGAAAUCGUCAGAGUUGUCAACGACACACAAGUCACGUUAAUCACGGGUGAGACUGGGUCCGGCAAGAGUACUCAAGCCAUACAGUUCAUACUCGACGACGCCAUCCAGAGUACGCGAGGCUCCUCGGCCAACCUCAUCUGUACGCAGCCAAGACGAGUCGCCGCACUCUCACUGUCCGAGCGUGUGAGCGCAGAGCGAUGCUGCAACGAAGGCGAUGAAGUUGGGUACAUAAUCAGAGGCGACUCCAAGACCUCCUCCAGGACCAAGAUCACAUUCCAGACCACUGGUGUCCUGCUGCGCCGGCUACAGAGUUCUCCCAGCAUCAAAGCUGCAUUGGCAGGAGUCAGCCAUGUCUUCAUUGACGAAGUUCAUGAGCGCUCACUUGAUACCGACUUCCUCCUGGCGCUGUUGCGCGAUGCUCUACCCCAGUUGCCUCAUCUGAAGAUCGUGCUCAUGAGUGCUACCCUCAAUGCAGAUACAUUCGCCAACUAUUUCGGCGGAGACCGGGUUGGCAGAGUUCACAUCGAAGGGCGUACAUACCCGGUCGAGGACUAUUACCUUGACGAUGUCCUGAGGCUGACGGGCAGUGGUGGCAACAAACAAGAAUUCGGUGCGGAGGACGAAUACAGCAUUGGCAAAGCCAUACAAGGGCUCGGAGGUGGCAUCAACUACGAGCUGAUUGCCUCACUCGUGCGCCAUAUCGAACGGGAACUAGGCAAUUCACGUGGCGGAGUUCUGAUCUUCAUGCCGGGCACGAUGGAAAUUGACCGCUGCCUCAAGUCGUUGUCUGACAUGGCAAACAUUCAUGCCCUCCCUUUACACGCGUCGCUCGCGCCAGCCGAACAACGACUGGUCUUCAAGCAGCCGCCAGCAGGGAGACGGAAAGUCGUGGUCGCAACUAACGUGGCCGAGACGUCCAUUACUAUUGAAGACAUUGUCGCCGUCAUCGACUCGGGGAAGGUCAAAGAGACAAAUUAUGACCCGAUCUCAAACAUCGUACGAUUGGAGGAAGUCUGGGCGUCUCAAGCUGCCUGUAAACAACGUCGUGGCAGAGCAGGUCGAGUGCAGGCCGGGAAAUGCUACAAGCUCUUUACGAAGAAUGUCGAGGCCAACAUGGCAGCGGCAGCGGCACCCGAGAUGCACAGGACGCCAUUGGAGCAGCUGUGUCUCUCUGUGAAGGCUACCGGCUCAGAUCGCAAGGUGGAGGAGUUCCUGGCACGGACGAUUUCACCUCCUGACAGUCGCGCCGUCGCCACGGCCAUGAAGACACUGCAGAGAAUGGGUGCUUUGGAGAACGACGGCCUGACCGGCCUUGGCACUUACUUGUCCAUGAUACCAGCUGACCUUCGGUGCGCGAAACUGCUCGUCUACGGCGUCUUGUUCGGUUGCGUCGAGACCUGUCUGACCAUAGCCGCGAUAUUGACGACGAAAAGCCCGUUCGUUUCCCCACGCGACAAGCGUGAUGAAGCCAAGGAUGCAAGAAUGUCGUUCCCAACUUCGGAGGGUGACUUGAUGCUCGAUAGCGCAGCGUUCGACCAGUGGAAGGAGCUCUCUGCCGCUUCACGGUACCGAGACGUGCAGAACUGGUGUUCGUCGAAGUUCCUGUCGCAGCAGACCUUUCGCGACAUCGACUCGACACGGCGCCAACUCCUUGACUCCUUGAUCGAGGCAGGGCUUUUACCUCCUACAUACCGCAACCAGUCGAACGACGGCAACCGCCACAAGGGCAAUACCAUGCUCCUCCGAGCCCUGAUUGCAGGUGCUCUCAAUCCUCAGAUCGCGCGCAUCCAAAUGCCGGACAAGAAGUACAUCGCGUCCAUGAGUGGGGCGAAGGAACUCGACCCCGAGGCCAAAACCAUCAAGUACUUCAACGAGGAGAAUGGACGUGUGUUUGUGCAUCCGAGUAGUGUUCUCUUCGACGCACAGUCAUUCUCUGGAAAUGCAAGUUUCGUCAGCUAUUUCACCAAGAUGGAGACGAGCAAGACGUUUAUUCGCGAUCUGACGCCCCUGAACGCUUAUUCGUUGCUGUUGUUCGGCGGGCCGAUCGAGGUUGAUACGUCGGGGCAGGGGGUGAUUGUAGAUGGAUGGUUGAGACUGAAGGGAUGGGCGAGGAUCGGGGUGCUGGCUUCGAGGUUGCGAGCUCUGUUGGACGAUGCGUUGAGGCGGCGGAUAGAUGCUCGCGGCGCGGUGACGGCUGAUGAUGCUGGGCUCUUUGAUAUGGUCAGGCACUUGGUGGAGUUCAAUGGCCAGGAUAGAUAG